AUGGGUCUUCUUCUUGAUCAGGAUAUUGGCUCAAAUAACAAAAACAUUAAGGUUGACCGUGUAAGCCACGAUGAAAUUUCACAACACACCCAAUUUGGGCUCAGAAGUUCAAAAGAGACAAUAAGCAAACGAGAAAAUGAUAUAAUUGAUGCUGGAGAUAUUCAAGACAUUAAUCAAACUAUUAAAGCAGACGUCGUGUUAAACGCCGAAUAUAAUAAUGAAGCUCCUUCCACCACAAUGGUCGCUGUUGUGUAUGAUGAUAGCAUUAGUGAAAAUUUAGAGAAAUACCCAACAGCUGACUCUAAAGAUGAGAAAGGACACAAAAUCUGUCAGUCUUGUAGACUGAAGAAGAAAAAACCUUCUUCUACACUUGGGAGUGGAACUACUUCAAAUGAAGGAUCUAUUGUCAGAAAUGUUGGAGUUGAACAACUGUUCACUAAAACCAAACAUUUGCGGACUUCACGGAGUCAGAUAUCAUCAAAAGUCUUGCUAAAGCCAAACUCAACCACAAUCAUGGAAGUGAAAGAAAAUGGCGAAAAUCUUACAUCACCUGAGAAGAGUAGGAGUUCAAACAAUAAAGAAGCAAUACUAUUAUUAGGCAAGAAGCGCCAAAUUGAAAAGGUUACUGGUGAUAUUAGCUCCGAUGAUCUAGUAUCUGCAAACUUUAGUAAAUCAGAAGACAAAAGUUUUGGAUAUUUACCCAACAGUGGUAGAGAAAGACAUAAUAUUGUAUCAAAAAACUGCAAAAAGAGUUAUGGAGCUUCUUCUGCAGAUUCGAAUCAGAGAAAUACCAGCAAAAACGAAGCACAUGAUAUCACAGCUAUGAAGGACCUAUCUGAAACACAGACGACUAAUGUUAAAGGUCAUGUUGUCAAAAAGAGAAAGGUAGCUCUAAACAAAUUAAACGAAACUGGUUCUUUCCUGAACGUCACUGGUGAGUGUGAUAAGAGUGAAUCUAGUGCUAGCCAACAGAUGACAAUUAUACAAGAGGAUUUAGAAGCUUACCGCGGGCACAACAUCAUAAAUGAAAAGCCAUUACAUGAAAAUAUGAUGCUGUCUCAGUCAUUCAGUAUCCCUCAUGAUCAUUCCCAGCUCAAUCGACAGCUCAAACAGCUUAGCCAAUAUACUUCACACUCAUCUACUUCUGGUGGUGAUAUUGAAGAUGAUGAUGAUGAGUCUGUAUUGGUUAACUUGGAUGGUUUGGAGGAGAUUGGGAUGGGGUAUGACCUGAAUGAUGUAGAAGCAGAAACUUCUACUGUAAGGGGUGAGAAUGUUGAAUAUGAAGAAGAAAAAGAGACCAUGCUGAGACAUGUACGUGCUGUUCAAGCUGGUCUGUUAUCAAGCACGGGGGAGCCAAGUGAUGCGGAGAUAGCAGCCGCAGUUGAAGCUGUUGCCGUAGCUGCUGCUGUAGCACGCAGUCGUGGGGAAGAGAAGUAAAGUUCAAAAUCAGCGAAGACUAAAUUAAUUCUAGUAUAAUUAAUAUAUAAUAAUUAUGUUUAUUGGAUACAAACGGGUUUUUAUUACUCAUAGCAGCAAAAUU